GGUGAUCCAUCUCACUGUCUAAAAUUCAGUUCAGUUCUAACGCGACUCGAAGCCGGUUUUUGCGAUUUGUGAUUUCGUGGAAAUUUCGUUUGUUAUUCAAAAUGCGUUUCGCUCUGUUUGCUUUCCUAGCCCUGUGCCUGUUGGCAUUCGUUCUGGGCACUCCGGCUAAGGACACCAAAAAGGGGGCCACCGACAGUUGCCAGAGGGCCUGCGGCGAAGUCUAUGAUCCCAUUUGCGCCAAGGCCAAGAACAGCAACAAGGAGAAGCUCAUCACCUUUGGCAGUCCGUGUGUUAUGUCCAACUACAACUGCCAGCACGCCGAUGACCCAUUCGAGCAGAAGUCCAAGGGCGAGUGCGGCGGUGGAGUAAGCGUUCGUCUCUCCUAAGAACCAAUAAUGACCACAUCUCGUAUUUACAAUUGAUCUAAUGGUGCAAUAAAAUAUUCAUGUAUUUUUAUUCCAA